CUGCACCACGCGCAGAUGAGCUUUGACUGACAUACUAUAUAUAAGUCGACAAGUGGAAGUAUCAAAAACAUGACUGAUGUUCGGGAACCUUUUAACCGCGGGUUCGUCAGAACACCGCAGACGCAUCUUCAAUGCCAAACGACGGGAGUCUUCUUUGCCCAUCAUCACCACCAUUAUUACAUUUCCGCUCCCCGCGCGACUUUGUGACGGGCGGGGCCAUACGAAUGGGGGUGCCACAGAAUCAACGGUGGUGUGUCGAGCAGGAAUUCCUGUCUGUGCCCGUGACCCGACGAGCAGCACACCCGCUGUGAUAGCAUUUACUCAUUGGCUGUUACCCGCCGAUCAGGACCAAGGAGCGCAGCCCCCAGGCUAUAAUCGAGCGGGAUGUUGAGCCCCAUUGCCUCCGUUGUGCGAGGAUAGCAAGCAACAUGCGGAGCCGCAGAACAACGAUGUAACAGCGGGCGCGCUUGGGAUCGAUGAGACAGCCUCAUACUGGUCACAAACCGCCCACAAAACCGCCCUCACCUCGCUACUAGAUCGGCGGGACCGCGAUAACACGGAAUCGGUGGACGUACCUUA